GCUUGACGCAAUUCCAUUAAGGGCUCAGCCCCUAUUGCAACCCUUACGAUGAGAACUGGUAUUUGAAAUCGGCAGUUUUAACUUUGGUAGGUCCAUUAGUACCCCAGAGCCCAUCUACGAUGACACCAACGAUUGCUGUGCGAUCUCACGAUAAGUUCUACUGAAGCUCUCUUCAUCAUGUUUAAAAGUUCAGUCGCGUGGAUUCUGAACAAGCACUUGGGCAAAUAUGUCCAAGACUUGGACACGGAAAAUCUGAACGUGGGAAUUUUCAAUGGGGAGGUUCAACUGCACAAUCUCAAAUUGAAACCAGAGGCUCUGUACGAGCUGAAACUACCGAUCGAAGUGCGUGAGGGUCUCUUGGGAACAGUCUCCCUAAGCAUACCUUGGAAUGGAUUUCUUAAUCAAGCAAUUGUGCUUACGAUUGAGGACGUUCUCGUGGUGGCUGGUGCUGUGGUUGGUGACAUUUUCGACGCCGAGCUGGAAAAACGACUGCUGAGAGCCACGAAGAAAAGAAUUCUAGACGAGUUGGAAGAUAUUUCCUUUUUUGAUUUAGGAAAAGAAGAUGGCGUGUUCGGAAAAUUGGCCACGAAUUUGGCAAAAAAUUUACAAAUUUUCAUACGAAAUGUGCACAUCCGAUAUGAGGACACAACUUCCAUGCCCGAUUCGCCAGUUUCGUGUGGACUUUGUCUUCAGAGCUUGUCCAUUGAAACAACAAACAGCAAAUGGAAACCUUGCGCGACUCCACUGAACGCAAAUUCCAUUUAUCAACUGAUUCGAAUCCAGUCUUUGUCCUUCUACUGGAACCCAUGCACGCGUCCUAAAGGCCUCGUACUGACGUCGAAUAACUGGCGCCAGUCUAUGUACCAAGGGCUCCAAAGUUUCAGCGUCAAUGGAGAGCCGUUUGAAUUUAUUUUAAAGCCAGUGUCCGCCAAAGCGAAACUAAUCAUCACGCAGUCGAACGAAGUCAAAGUGCCAAAACUCUUGUUAGACGUGGUAGUGCAAGAUGCGGUAAUGCAGAUUUCAAGGGCGCAGUACACCUCGAUGGUCGCGCUGCAAGAGGCAUUUGACCGCAUCGAAAAAAAUAGAGAAUAUCGGGAAUAUCAUCCAGGCGUGAAUUUGCACAAAAAUGCGAGUCUCUGGUGGCAAUAUGCUCUGGCAGCUGUUCUUGAGCAACGAGUCCGGCCUUAUUCGUGGCCAAGAAUCAAGGCCCACAGAGAGACAUAUCGCCAGUACGUGAAAUUAUACAAAGAAAAUUUGCUGAAGCCCGCAGACAUUGAGCGCAAGCUUGACUUGCAACAACUUGAGGAUCGAUUGAAAGUGAUUGACCUUGUGAUAGCCAGAGAGCACGCGAAAAUGGAGCUCUCUCAAGAAAUACCGGAAAAAAUUAUCGUGUCUUGUUCCGAGCGCUGGUGGUUGGGGCUUUGGAAGUGCGUCGAGCCGGAAAUUAGGCUUGAUCUGGUUACUGAACCAAGUCCAGAUUUCUGGGGGCGCCUCACUUCGCAGGAAAAGGAAAAAAUUUACGAACUGAUUGAAUAUGCGGAAGGAAGUUCCAACUCCAAGCCAAAGCAAUUCAUUGAGCACAAAUACAACCUGACUUUAUCGACUUUGAGCAUGUCAAUGUUAAGUCACGGCCACGAAAUCGCCCUCACCACAAUAACUCAGCUUCUUAUGAGCCUUGAAACCCGGUCUGCCGAGGACGCUUUCAAAUUUUCAGUACGAGCAGAGAAGUUUUUGCUGGAGGGAAUCAGCUCGGAAAACGAACUUGUGCCUUUAAUUCAGGCCGACAUGAUGAAUUCAGAUUCCAGUGCAAUGAACGUUUUCGCCUUUGAUUUUGAGAAAAAUCCAGCGGCGCCCAAUAUUGACUUCAGCGUUACCAUGCGUUUGGAGCCUUUGGAAAUAGUUUAUAACGAGCAAACUUUGUCCGAGUUGAUAGGAUUUUUCCAGCGGCUAACUUUCUGCAAAAUGACAGAGGAACCGGUUGCUGAUUUCAUGAUGGAGACCAAGUCGAUGAUUCGCCACUUUUUGGUGCAGCAGAAAAAAGUCUAUCUGAAUUUGAUUCUGAAAGGGCCAACUCUGGUUUUACCUGAACAAGGAUCGCUUCAAAGAGGCGGGCAACUUAUGAUUCUUGACACGGGUUGCCUCAAAGUGAGCACCGAGCUCCAAAGCGGACCAAUUUCGAUUGAAGACGAAACAAAGACUGAACUCGAGGAGCAUCUCUACGACCGGCUAAAUAUGGAGCUAACCAACAUGCAAAUCAUGUUUUGCGAUUGCAGUGACGAGUGGCGUGAAAAGCGGAAAAUGAACGACUCGGAUCUGCAUCUGCUGUCCUGUUUGAAAACGCAGUUCAUGUUUUCCAACAGCAUAAAACAGGAUUACAAGCAACUUCCGAGGCAAAAAGUCAACUUUUCCAUUGGCAGCGUAAAAUUGAAUUUGUCCAAUCGCAAAAUCAACCAGCUUCUCAAUUUCGUUGACGUUUUUCCGCUGCCCACUCCAAACAGCAUCCACUCUUCGCAAACAAUGGACUCUUUGGCCUGGCAAACAGACUUUUCUGACGAUUUGGUCGAGCAAAUUUUGUCUCUCGAACGGUUGAAGGACAUUCGGACUUUGAUAGUGCAAGCGCACCUGACCACCAAUGGGCCGCGCCACAUUUGCGACGCUGGUCUUGAUUUGCACCAGAAACUAAUGCUUUCAGCAAGCGAUGCUGAAAGGUUAUUUCUCUCAUCAUCCGACCAAAGUGACGAAGAGAGUGAAAUCUGGGCGAAAAUUUUGGAUCAGCCUGGCUUCGAGGACAACGUGUCACCUCACAACACUAUUGAAGUUUUGCUGCGCUUUAUGCUCGGAGAGCUCGUGAUUAAUUUUUCCAAGUCUGAGAACAAAGUCGAUCUGCCUUAUUUAAUGCUGCGAUUAGAAAAGAUUUGCGUUGAUUCUGCCUUAUUGCAAUACGGCCCGGCUGUUCAACUUGGUUUGGCCUCCUUUCAACUGGUGGAUAAAAUUCACACGUGCGCCGGUGGUUGUUACAUUGAAUUGAUGAGCGGCAACUCAACAAAAGACGUGGACAUUUUGACAGUGCUCUACAGAAAGAUAAAAGCCAAUUGCCCUGAUUUCAAGAGCCACUUCCACAGCAUUGAGCAUUCGCUUGUGAUUGAUUUGCAAGGUUUGAACGUCUUGUUUCACAGAGAGGCGUUUGUGGCACUGUUCAAGUACUUCUCCAAUUUGAGCAAUAUAAUUAGGAAACAUGAUUCAGCAAUCGGUUCAAUGAUCUCUGCGUCUAUGACGUCUGUGCAAGAAACGAUUACGACAGCAAGCACUUUUUCGCUGUCGAGUUACUUUGCCUUCGAUGAGGAUCCGCCGGUGCCUCCAGGCGCGACAAAAUUGAGUUACUCUGUUCGCGUCGCAGAUUUCCAAAUGAGAAUGUCCACCACCGAUACGGACUUUCUGGACAUAAAAGUGAGCGGAUUUGAGACGGACUGUCUAGUAAAAGCCAAUGAGCGGACUGUGCACAGAUUAUUUUUGAACAACAUCGCUGUCGAAGAUCUGUCUGACAUGACCUUAUACAACAAAAUUGUUUUCCUGGAAGGAGAACACUUGAUCGAUGCGAAAUUUGUGGUGCACAGCUCGAGGAUCAGUGCAAAAUCCGGGAUUGAAAAUUCCAAAGACAAGGUGAAAACGGACGGAACUAUAAAAGCCACAGUUGGCCGUCUGAACGUUGUUUACUUGCACAGAAUCGGAGUCGACAUAAUGAACUUCUUGGAGCCAUUUGUGGAUAUGAAAGUGGCUUUUUCAAAAUUAUUGGCGGUUGUCGGAAAAUAUCUUUCAAAGCUGAGACACUUUCCUUUAAAAAUGCAACUGGCUUUGGACAUUUUCAUUCCCACUCUUCUGAUUCCGCAAAAGUCAGAAUCGCCAAAUCUACUCAUUUUGAAUUUAGGCAAAUUGCAAGUGGAGAACUUUUUCAAGUGGGACGAUCAGUCGACUGAAACUGCAAUGGUUGCGAUUGAAAACAUCCUGGCAAAAUUGGAAUGCGUGCAGGUCUCUAGAGCAAUAAUUACCCUGGCUGGUACGGUGGAGCCUCAAGAGCCAAUUUUGGAACCGACAGGAUUUAAAAUUGACUUCAAACGAAGGGCAAACACAAAAUCAAAGGGGAAAAAUAAAAGCUACUCCCCAAUGUGCAAAAUUAGCGGCACCAACGAAAAAAUUGUCAUUAACUUGGGACAAAAUGACCUGGCAACAAUUUUAAUGAUCAACCAGGAAAAUGCUGCUGAAGGGCUGUUUGCCGAAUUGCACCCAAAAUCAGCGCCUCUUUCCCCUGUGCCCUGCUGCGGAGAAAAGUUUCUUUGCAACAAACACAACGAAGACAAAGUGAUACAAUCAUUGCAAUCAUUCUUGUGCCAAAAUCAAGAGGACAGACCUGAAGUGGAGGUUAACUUUGCCAUCGAUUCAAUCAGUGUGAAUUUAUUCAUGGACAUGGACGAGGACCUAAGCUCACCAGUCCGUUGUCCGCAACACGCACUUUGCAAAUUUGAACUUCAGGACUUUAUAUCCAGCGUCGUCGCAUCGCGGUGCGGAGCGUACAAUAUUAAGGCCACUUUACAAUCAAUGAGCGUUAAAGACGCAGUCAAAAAUUACAAUAUAUUUGAGAGGAGGUCUUAUAAUAUGCAGCCCAAAGACUCAAAAGAUCCGCCUUUCAUCGAGUGGAGCGCGAAUAAAUCAACGGAAGGCUCAUGGGCGCACGAUGUUGAGAUAGAAAGUCAUACAAUCAAUUUGACAGCGCAAUUCCUAACCAAUCUGUUCAACUUUGUGUAUGACAGCAUCAAUACUGACCUUUCAACCGAGGGAGGAAUAAUAAAUUACGGCUAUAUUGGUGAUCUGACAUGCAACAAAGUUCUGCACUGUCAGUAUGACAUGCGCAUGGACCCCGGGGAAGUGGAAUUUUCUAUGGCGCUCCGACAAAUGGACAUCAAUCUGAUGUCAGAAAAUGCAAAUGGCUGCAUUAAUCUCCAGGCGGAGAUUAUAUUGAACUACUCCUGCUCACCGAAGACGCAAAAGGAAAGUUGCGAAAUUUUAGUGGCGCGAGUGCAGGCGACUCACAAAGAAGACCAACAAAAUUGCCACGUCGUUCUACAGAGCUGCGAUUUGGAGUUUUCCAGACAACUCAUUUCCUUCGAAGAGGGUGUCAAAAUCAACAUAUCAAUGAGUCCAUUAAAUAUCAAUUUCUCAUCAAAAGUUGCCCAAAUGAUACAAUGUCUGGUUGGUGAUAUAAUCAGCGUUUCUCAGCCAUCGGCAAUAAGCGGAGAAUCACGAAUGCCGCUGAGUUUUCAAGAAUUGGAAAAUUUAUGGACGCCCAAGAAAAUUCCUGUUUGCGUGCCAUACAAUGACGAUGUCUCCAUUUUCAAACACUUGCACCAACUUGAAGUAAAGCUGAAGGAAUCACUGCUUUUCACAAUUACAAGCGUUAACAUUCUGUUCACCAUGGACGGAGAAAACAACGCUCGAUUUUGCAUGCAAAGGCCGCUGCUGCAGAUAAAAUCUUCUCUUUGUGUGGAAAUCCUUAAUUGGUCGUCGCAGGUGCAGCUUCUGUCACAAAUUCAAAUGCAAGCUUCUUAUUUCAACGAACGUUUGCGCAAAUGGGAGCCGCUAAUAGAGCACCAACUGGACGGAGACUUGCCAAAACCAUUAGAAAUAUUCAUUCAACUCUUCCACGGAAAAGCUUUCAGCCUGUCUACUAGCUGCAUUGAAACCGAGUCCACCUCUGAGAAGAAAAAAUCAGAGAGUGACUCAAAUACUUGCACAAAAAUGACGUUUAUUGGAAAAGAGUGCACUAACUUUGACGAAGAUGUCACACCGAAAAAUUCAAGAAAAUCUAGCAAUGAAAAUGGAAAAUUAGAAAAGGAAGAUGAAUAUCUCAAUAAACUGGCCGAGCUUAUUGAGCACUUGGUGCGCGAAGAUAAAGGCAGUGAAUCGGACGACUACAACAGCAAAGAUGAAUUAUCCGAGGUGGAACACAGUGACGAAGCUGAUAACCGAGUAUUGAGUAAAUUCACUGCUAAAAAUGUGGACGAUGAAUUUGAAUCUGCGGAAACUAUUGCCACUUACGUUGUGAUUUGCGCAAAAGACCGUUUGGAGCUUUCACUAAAUCAUAACGCAGUUGAGACAUUCAACACUCUUUUCACCAAAUUUCUCGGCGACCCGUCUCUGGAUCUUAUGAGCCAGUACGGAAAAGAGAUUGAAUUGCACAAUUUCAUCGGGCCCUCUUCAACGGUUUCGCUUUACGGCCGCCUUCGCCAGGGAAAUGCAGAGGGGGAAUAUGUGCUGCUGGAAAAGUCCGAGUACGGGUACAGCAGGUCAGGGCAAAGCAGUCCUGACCUUUUGGAAGAGCCGUCUGUGGGUCUUGACGUUGAAAAAGCAGCUUCUGCUGCAGUUCUGACUCCAACUUACAAGGACGACUCUGCGGACAGCUGGUACCACAGAACGACCUCAAUGAAACUCACCGUAGAAAUCGAGGGCUUCAACCAACUGAACGUUUUGGUGCCGCAACGAAGACUAACGACUGUGCUGCCAUUAGAAAGCCCAAAGUACGACUCCACGUAUCACGUAGCAGUUUCAGUUGAGAAUAAAUUGGGCAGUAAAAUAAUAAUGGUGAACUCGCCCCUGAGAAUUUUUAACGAGACUGCUCACGCCGUGUCCCUUUACUACAAUAAAUCGUCAAUAGAAGCAAUAGGCGAGCCAGUCGCGGGAGAAAUCGUUAACCCCUUCCAAGACUUGGCCAAAGUGGCCGUCAUAGAACCAAGCGAAACCUACAAUGUACCGCUCUUUGUGGCGUAUCACAGCAAGCUGUACAUACUCCCUGCAUACAUAGAGCACUGCAGAAUAAGUGAGAAUGCAAUUUGGUGGAAGGACUUCCGAACGAAGCCAAAGCUCGAUAUUUUUUGCUCAGCAAAGCAAGAAGACAGCGAAGUAAUUUUUUCCGUGCGAGCAGUCGUCAAAGAAGAACAAUCUGCACCUGAAAAUAACAUUCCGAACUACCUGGUGCGACUUACGCCGCCGGUGAAAAUUUACAACUACUUGCCUAUGUCAGUUGAGAUGAUGUUGCCCAUAACCCGAAGGAAAAUAAUCAUUGAAACAGGCGCCGCAGCCGACACAUACGAAUUGGAUUUGCGCUCCACAAAAAUUUCAAUAACUGUUUCGUCGUACAGAGGUUGUUUGUGGCACGGAGAGCUACAUCUUAAAGACGAAGAAUCAAAAGAAAAAUUUGUCCUGCUUUCCGAAGGUUCAAGCGAAAAGCUUACAAUCAGCGCGAGGACUGAAGAGCUGGAGAGCAAAAACAUUUAUCUGUUUGCCUCACAUUGGAUUGUGAAUAAAUGUGGAACGCCACUCUCAGUCAGGGCGCUGUCUUCAAAGACGGAAAUCCUACUAAAUAACGAAGAGCUCGCCCUUGCCAGUCUGGAGCGCAAACAGGACGUUCAGAUCAAAGUCGGACAGUCGUCUUGGUCGACUCCGUUCAGCCUCCAAGCGACCGGAACCUCUGGAGUUCCCGUUUGUCAAGACCACGAAAGAGGAAAUAAGAUGUACCGUCUGCACACGACGAUUUCUUACGCUACCUCGUGCCCAUCACUGACCAAAAUCGUCACAAUUUUGCCAUAUUUCAUGGUUGUCAACAACUGCAGAAAGCAUAUCAGAUUCAUGGAAGACAAUGAAAAAGCUGACUUUUGGAUCGACUUAGCGCCGGCAACGUGCACUCCAUUUUGGCCCGACACAACCACGAUGAAAAUGUUUGUAAAAUUUAGGGAAGGCAAAAUUUUAUCUCAAAGUUUUCCGAUCAACUUUUGCCACGCCACCGUUUUGAAAAUGGACAAGGGCUGCGGCCUCUCUGUGAAAGUGACUGGAGGGGCCGAUGCGCCGUUCACAAUCAUGUUCAGCAAUUAUAAAACUGGAGACGCGCCACUAAGAAUAGAUAACCUAAGCGAACUGGUACACAUCAAAAUACACCAGAAAGAUUCGAGCCAGAAUGCAAUUGUCUUGAGCCCUUAUCAUUCGCUACUGUACACCUGGGACGAUCACUGCAGCGAGCGAAUGCUGCUGUGGAACGUCUGCAAUUCUAACUCGGAUGAAAUAGCCGUGGAUAUUUGGAAAGACGGCCACGGAGUGCAAAAAUUGGAAAUCAACGACCUGCCACCACCUUCACCUAGCCCUAUACCUCCGUCCUCAACCACAUCUUCAAUGUCUAUAAAAAUCUCUGCUGGUCUGAGGCGCCUUUCAAAACCCACUUUCGACGCAGCUUCGAAACUGCAGGAAGAUCCGUGCAAAGGGAAUGAAAUUUUCAUAUACUGGGUGACUUUCCUCGAGAGCGGCCAGCGAGUUUUGCUUCUGACCACCGACUUGGAAACGGCCCUCAGGACAAAGAGCAUGAUCGAGUUUGAAAAGGGGGCUUUUGAAUUGAACCUUUCCCUCAAGGGCUUGGGCAUUUCCAUUGCGGUCGAUGAAGACGAACCGACCAAAGAAAUCGCCUACGCCAGUUUGCAGGAGUCGGCGCCGAACUGGGAGAUAAUGGUUUCGCAGGACUGGAACCCAAUGCCCUUUGAGUUGGCGGCGUGGUGCGAGGAAAAGUUUCUGAUGGGCGUCCCUUCUGCACAAUUGAAAACCCUCUUCCACGUUGAUUUUGAAAAAAUGCAGCUGAUCAAACCGUUCUUUGCUGAAGUGAGGCGCAUUCAAAAUCCAGCAGUUUGGCUGCAGUACAGGAAAUCCUCAAGACAAGUGUACGUCAACUGGAAAAUACAACAAGUACAAAUCGACAAUAAUUUGAUGGAAGCCGAAAGCCCAGUUUUAAUUAGCCCGAAGCCCAACAUGAAGAGCGCAAUGCAACCGUGUUUCGAUUUAAAAGCCUUGUGUCAACACUUCACGCAGCAAUCGGUGUACAAGUACAUAACUUUGAAUGUGGCCAGCAUUGAGAUUGACUUGGAUUUUGAGUUCUGCGCAAAAAUUCUCCAGUACGCUAAAAUUUGGCACAGUCAAGCCGCGAUUGAAGCAAAAGCGCGAUCUGAUGUGGCUCAAGUUCAUCAGUUAUUUGGCUACAAGCAAAACAUUUUAAACUACGACUGCCUCAUUGAGUACAUUUAUUUGUCCCCACUGGUUGUCGAAAUUCGUUACAACCCAGCUAAAAAGGCAGCACUGACCGUCACAAAUCAUGGAUCGAAUCUAAUCACGGAUUUAUUUGGCUCUUUGCGUGAUGCGAAACACAGCCAAGUUUAUUCUCUAAGGCUGCAACCUUGCGAAAAAGUUGGAUUGAUGCUGCCAGUAACUGAGCAGCUAAAUGUCAUCGGCAAGCACUACUUGAAGCAGAUGAGUACGAAAUUUCAUGCUUCGAUUCUCGGGCAAAACGUGCUGACAAAUCCCUUGGGUUUGAUUUCCGACGUAGGCAUUUCUCAACUAUCAAAUGUGGGAAAUUUGGUUUUAUCAACCGAGCCUUGUUCUUGUGGAGUGGAAUUGGGCUCAAAGAUUUUAAUGGGCUACGCAUUUGGAACGGCUGCAUCGGAAUUGAUGCCCGGAGGAGAAAUAGCCGAAUAUUUGGCACCUUUUGCCAGACACGAACUACAAAACCGGAGAUACGUCAUCUCUGAAACUUCUGAAAACCAAAUAUUGCUGCAAUAUUGCGUAAAAGGACUCUUUUACGGAGAGUCAAAAUCCCAAAACUAUGAAAAAUUCUGCAAAGGGACUGGUGAGAAAGUGAUGCUGAUGGCGGAGAAUAAAGACAUUUCAAGUCCCUUUUCCACGAUAUCUUAUGCAUUGAAGAGGUUGGUUGACUUUGGAGAAACUAAUCUUCCAAUCAAAGUUCGCUUGACGAAAUACACAAAUCCAUAUGUGGGCUUCAAGACCUACUGCGAAAAUGAGGCAAUCGGCCAGGAACUUUUAAGAACAGUGUUAGCAGACGCAACAAAUUCUACCGAGAUAUACUGGUCUCACUUGCCUCUCAAGUCGGAAAAUGUAAUACUAAUAUCUGACCAAAAAAUCUACGUCCUCAAACAAUCGACCCAGCUUUGGGGUAGUUGGUCGGUUGAGAAAGAAAUCAAGAUCGGAAAGUUGAUAUCAGUGCCGCAAGUUAAAAGUUCCCUGGUGGUGUUUUUAAUUAUGGGCGAUGGAAGAGAGGAGUACCAAUUGGAUGCUGGAGAUGCCUUAGUUGCAAAAUGGCUGCAAAAUAAAAUUGAGACUGCUAUGAUUGCGGCGAUGGAAGAGAAACCAUGUCCCGCAACAUUAUGAUCCAAUAUCGUGUGACAAAAUUAAAGGCCAUAAUUAAAUGUUAAUGCAA